AUGGCUACAACAACACCCACAGAUGAAUCUACCAUCAACGCUAUAGCUGGUUUUGGUUCUGCCAUUCAGCAGCAACCCAUCAUCAUCCCUUUCGAUGCUGAAAAUUCAUAUUAUCUCUACUCUUCUGAUGGCACGGGCACCACUUUUGUUAGCAAUGUUCUCACCGGCAUUGAUAACUACAAUCCUUGGGCACGAGCGAUGACAAUGGCCCUUAAAGGGCGCAACAAAUUUUGUUUUGUUGAUAGAUCCCUUCCCAUGCCAGAUGCGGCCCAUCCCGAUCACGCUCGUUGGUACCGGGUGAACAACAUAGUGAUGUCAUGGAUCCUCAAUUCAAUACACUCAUCACUGGCUAACACUGUCCUAUAUGCCACCGACCCUGCCUCCGCUUGGAUAGAUUUACAGGAACGAUUUUCUACCGCGAAUAGACCUCGCAUCUAUGAAAUUGAAAAGCGUAUAGCAACAUUUUCCCAGCGUGAUGCAUCCAUAGCAGAAUAUCAUAAUCAUUUGAGUGCACUUUGGGACGAAUUAAACCUGUUGGAUUCUCCACCUAAAUGUCCAUGCUCUGCUCGCCAGGAAUACACUGCACAAACGGAGCAUCGCCGACUAAUGCAAUUUCUCAUGGGCCUUCGAGACACUUUCACUCAACCACGGAGCCAACUAUUGCUUAAUGGUAAACUUCCUACUGCUAAAAAUGCUUACUCAUUAUUGCUUCAAUAUGAAUCACAACGUGUACAGAGCGAAAGUUACGGACAUUCAAUGGAUCAUUCGACUCUUCAGACAGCUCGAAUUGACAUUGAUGCACCAGGCCCAUUGCAUGCAAUCCCAUAUAUCUUCCAUGCCUCAAUUUAA